AAAUGCUUAUAUCAUAGUAUCAUUUGACUCGUGUAAUUGUAUAACCCACAAUUCUAUUUCCUUAAUGGCAAAGGUAAUACUCAAUAUAUAAGGCACCGAAGUGCAUGACCUGUGUCCAGGACAAUAUUUAGACCACCAUGGAGGAGCCUCUGCUAUCGGAACAAAAAAGUGAAUCGGUUGAGAAGGAGAGUGGAAAAUGGAGCUCGUAUCAACAUGUGGGUCGAACCGGUUCUGUGAUACCUACUGCUUCAUUGGCUGGAACUGAGGUGAGUGUGGAUGAGAUACGAUCUGCAGCUGCUGCUUCUUCUUCUUUAGGUUUCUAUCCCCCUUCCAUUCAUGGGGCUUUGGUUGGCUCACCCGAGCCUGAUCCUACAGAGCAAGCUCUUGUUUAUCAAGGUGGAUAUGGAGGAGAUUAUGGUGGACCCAGACCCGAAUUCCAGAGGGGAACCUUGGAUGAAGUAGAGAUACGAGAGUUGCUCAUUGAUCAUGUUGGUCAUCGCUGCUGUUGGGGUAGCCGUCCUGCUCGAACAUGGAAGAUUCGUGCAGUGGAAGACUGUAAUGUUUAUGUAGGAACUCUGGAUACGUUUACAGAGGAAAGAGAGAUCAUAAAAGAGACAGAGCCAUACCUUGGUGGCAGUAUUGAUGGAAAGGAUAAUGGACCAGAACUUGGUAUUUGGGAACUGGAUCUAAGGUCUCAGUUCCCUGUUCUAUUUGCACCCUACAAAGAAGUGCGUGAGAAGAUUCCUCAUUCUGGAAUUAUUGAGAAAUGCUCAGUUUGUGCAGGCCGAGGAGGCAUAGUCUGUGCUACAUGUAAUGCGAACCAAGAACCUGGAUAUUAUAAAGAAAACCAAAUGACUCAGUGUGCUACCUGUUAUGGAAGGGGUUUGAUUGCUCACAAAGAUGGUUCUGACACAGUAUGUGUCAAAUGUAAUGGUAAAGGAAAGAUUCCUUGUGUGACUUGUGGAUCUCGUGGACUAAUUAAGUGUUCAACAUGCAGUGGAAGUGGUUCUCUUCUAGAACGAAAUGUGGCCAUUAUUAGAUGGAAGACACUUUCUACUCGGAAAGUACAUGCAACUAAGGGAGCGGCAUCAGUACCAGAUGAGGUUUUCCAUAGAUCCAAAGGGGUUCAAUUGUGCAACACUCAGGCUUACCAAUGCACACCAGCCUUUUUCGCGGAUUCUUUUUUUCUCAAUGAGUUUUCCUCUGAAGUCAUUGCAGAAAGAGCACCAGUACCUGCCACUGCAAGGGUCUUAUGUGAGAGACAUACAAUCUCAGUUGUGCCAGUAACUCGUGUAACUAUGGCUCAUCGUCGGCGGUCCUUCAGUUUCUAUAUCAUAGGAUAUAGCAGGGAGGUGUACUUAAAGGAUUAUUACCCGUCUAGAUAUUGUUGGGGCUUGUGUCCUUGUUUGGAGUGGCUGAAGUUGUAAUGUUGAAAAUUCUCUUCUUGGCGGCGUUGGGCAGUUGUACUGUUUUCUAUCUACAUGUUUGUGAGUUCUUCGUUGUUUGUUAUGGAGAUGUCUGGGUUUGAGGGUGUCUGAGUUUCUAUAUCAUAGGAUAUAUCAGCAAGAUGUCUGAGUUUCUAUCCAUAUUUCCCGUUGGCUUGUAUGGAUCACAGCAAUGAGGUUACAUUUAUGAAAUAAGGCCAGAUUCAAGUGUGCAAGUG